AAUGCUCCAAAUGGGGUCUUGAUUUAUUGUUUUAUUCAUCAUCUAGACCUAAGAAGGUGAUGGAUGAAAUGUCUCGAAUGCAGAUGAAGCCGAAAAGGCAUUGUAGUUACACUCGGAGAGCUGGUUGUUAAACAUUUACCAGUGCAUCCCUGAUCCUUGAACACCCCCUUCGGUUUCUCUCUAACUCUCGGCUUCUGAUUCGUGAUCCCCCGGCCUCCUUCCGGCUGCUGCUCCUUCCCCGCUCCUCUCCUCAUUCCCAGGCUCCUCUCCUCGCUCCCGGGCUCCUCUCCUCGCUCAGCGUUGUCUCCUCGGGAACAAGGCCCAAACCCUGGAAUUUUCCAGUCUAGCCAGACAAGAUGUCUUUGCAGAUUAGGAAGGGAGGGGUGGCUGGGAGCUGAGGUAGUGGGGAGUGUGAGUGUGUGAGUGUGUGUGUGUGUGUGAGUGUGAGUGAGUGUGAGUGUGCGAGUGUGUGCAGGUGGGAGGCAGACAGGGUCAGAAAGUCAGGGGGGAGCUUCUGCCAGGGGAGUCCCAGGAGCUGGAGGGCCGGAGGGGGGAGCAGGCGGCGCUGGGCCUGCAGCUGGGCCGCUCUGCCCGAGCUCCUGAAGGGCCGGGAGGGGCCACCGGGAGGAAAGGCGUCCCUGCUACAUGGCCCUGGUCCCCCGGAGCCUGGAGAGCGGAAAGUGCUUAGAGAAGAGGCUGGACGGAGGGCAAGGCAGAUGGAUCCGGGUGGGGCGAGUGGCGGAGCGGGAGCCGAGCCGGGAAGGAGCUGGAACGGAUGGGGGAGGGUAGCUGGAACUGGACCCUGAGCGAAGGAGCCGAAAUCCCCGGGCAAGAGACAGGUGUUGGGGGCGGGGGGCGAGGGGGGGAGGGGAGGCUUUCCUCUGCUUCCUCCCUAAGAUUGUCCCUGAGCUCCUGGCCCCUGGGCUGCGCUCCUUCUCGGGGAAGAACCCCACUUUCUCCGCCACCCCAGGCCUCCCCCCCGGAUUGCCCGAGCCGCAGAAGUCCCUCCCAUCCGGAGCCCCUCAAAGGGGUGUCACCGGCACCUAGCUAAGAAUGGUCAGUGCGUCUUCGGCUUUGCCCGCCCCCCCCCCCCCCAGGUGGCGUCCCCCGGAGGAGGGGGGGCACGGGGGGCUCCCGCCCCGCCCCCGCGUAGGGACAUUCCCUCCCUUGGCCCCCCUCCAGCCCCUCCCUCCCGCUCUGCCCCUCCCCUCCCCCAGCUCCAGCGGGCCGCGUCUGCAGCGCCGGACCCCCCGGGCUGGGCUCGGCCCGGCCCCUCGCAGUGUCGCCGCCGCCGCCGCCGCCGCCGCCCCGUUUGCUGACGAGGAGGCCCCCGGCCGGGGCCCUGGGCGCCGGGCAUAAAACGGGCCCGGGCCGGGGCUGGGGCCGGAGCCGCCGUCCCCGGGCAGCGGAGCCGCUUGGAGCCCGCGUCUAGGCACCGUCCGCCCGCCCUGUCCCGCCCGGCCGCCGCCGUUCUAAUGCCCCGCCGGCAUCGCAGUCCCCGGCUCGGCUCGGCCCGGCCCCGGCCCCGGCCCGGCCUCCCAGAGUCCCCGGCCGGCCGGCCCGCCCGACCUCCUCGCCUCGCGUCGCCCGCCCCGCCCGGCCCGGCCCAGCCCGGAGGCUGCCCGCCUUCGCCGGCCCGCGUCAUGCGGAGCCUCUCGGGCCCGCCGGCUCACUUUCUCCUUUUUGGGCUCCUGGCGCUGGGGUCCCGGGCGGCCCGCGCCUCCGGCCCCGAGCUCCCCCAGCUGCCCAUCCGGCCCGAGAAGGAGCCGCUGCCCGCCCGGGGUUCGGCAGGCUGCUCCUUCGGGGGGAAGCUCUAUGCCCUGGAGGAGACGUGGCACCCGGACCUGGGGGAGCCCUUCGGGGUGAUGCGCUGCGUGCUCUGUGCCUGCGAGCUGCCCCCUUGGGGUCGCCGGGGCCGGGGGCCGGGCCGAGUGAGCUGCAAGAACAUCAAACCCGAGUGUCCGGUGCCGAACUGCGGGCAGCCCCGGCAGCUGCCGGGGCACUGCUGUCAGACGUGCCCCCCUGAGCGGACCCCUCCCGAAAAGCAGCCCCCCGCUUCGGCCUUCGAGUACCCCCGGGACCCGGAGCACCGCAGCUACAGCAACCGCGGGGACCCUGGAGCUGAAAAGAGGGCUCGAGAGGAUGGGCACGCGGACUUUGUGGCCCUGCUGACCGGCAGAGGGUCGCAGGCAGUAGCCAGAAGCCGGGUGCUGCUGCUGCGGUCCACCCUGCGUUUCUCCGUCUCCUAUCGAGGGCUGGAGCGCGUCACCCGAGUCCGAUUCACAGACCCAAGUGGCAACAUCCUUUUCGAGCAUCCUGCUCUCCAAGCCCAGGAUGGCCUGGUCUGUGGGAUGUGGCGGGCACUGCCCCGGCUGUCCCUUCGGCUCCUUCGGGCUGAGCAGCUGCACGUGGUGCUGGUCACACCCACUCACCCCUCAGGGGAGGUCUGGGGGCCCCUGAUUCGCCACCGGGCACUGGCUGCAGAGACCUUUAGUGCCAUCUUGACCUUAGAGGGCCCACCUCAAGCCAAUACUGGGGGCAUCGCUCUGCUCACCCUGAGUGACACAGAAGACUCCCUUCACUUCCUCCUGCUUUCCCAGGGGCUGCUGGACUCUAAGAGUGGUGGAUCUUUCCAUACUCCCCUGCGACUGCAGAUUCAACACCAGGACCAGCUCCUCCGAGAGCUCCAGGCCAAUGUCUCUGCUCAUGAGCCUGGCUUUGCUGAAGUGUUGCCCGACCUCACGGCUCAGGAGAUGCAGUGGCUGGCUCUGGGAGAGCUUCAGAUAUCCCUGGAGAGGAAGGAGGGCCCUGGCCCCCGAAUCAGUGGGCACAUCAUUGCCAGGCAGAGCUGUGACACCCUGCAAAGUGUCCUGUGUGGCGCAGAAGCCCUGGUGCCAGCGGAGACUGGUGCCGCGGGCUCGGCCAGCCUCCGGCUUCUGGGGAACGGCUCUCUGCUCUACCAGGUGCAAGUAGUGGGCACGGCCAGUGAGGUCACAGCCGUGACUCUGGAGACCAAGCCUCACAGGAGGAACCAGCGCAGUGUCCUGUGUCAGAUGACCAGGGGCCAACAAGGAGGGCGCAUGAUCGUGGGCAUGUGUCCAGGCCUAGGUGCCCGGGGAGUCCACAUGCUGCUACAGAAUGAGCUGUUUCUGAAUGUGGGCACCAAGGACUUCCCUGAGGGGGAGCUGCGUGGGCAUGUUGCCACCGUGCCCUACAGUGGGUAUAAUGCCCGUCAAAAUGUGCUUCCGGUGCCCUUGGCAGGAGCUCUGGCCCUGCCUCCCAUCCGAAGCCAAGCUGCAGGGCACGCUUGGCUUUUCCUGGACGGGCACUGCCAUCUGCAUUAUGAGGUCCUGCUGGCUGGACUCAGUGGUUCUGAGCAGGGCACCGUCACUGUCCACCUCAUCGGCCCCCCCGGCCUUCCAGGGCCCCAGCGCCUGCUGAAGGGAUUCUAUGGUCCUGAGGCCCAGGGGAUUGUGAAGGAUCUGGAGUCCGAGUUACUGCACCACCUUUCCCAUGGCAGGGCCUUCCUGCUGGUCAGCACCAAGAACAGCCCCCGUGGGGAACUGCGGGGACAGGUGCACAUCCCCAACCAGUGUGAGGUGGGCAGCCUGCGGCUGGCGGCCCCUCUGCCCGACAAGCCGGCCCCUGAGCCGCCCAGGAGCUACCUGAGCCCCGAAGCCCCGCAGGUGGCCGCGCCCGCGGUGCCCGCGUCCGUGGGCCCAGCGGCGCCCCCGCCCCCGCCCGAAGCUUCGCUGGCGUCGGUUUCUAAAGGGGUCGGGGGCGGGCCCCUGCUCGAGCCCAACACGUGCUUCUUUGAGGGGCAGCAGCGUCCGCACGGAGCGCGCUGGGCUCCCAACUACGACCCGCUCUGCUCUCUCUGCACCUGCCAGAGGCGGACGGUGAUCUGUGACCCCGUGGUGUGCCCUCCCCCGAGCUGCCCUCACCCCGUGCAGGCUCCAGACCAGUGCUGCCCAGUUUGUCCCAAAAAAUCGGACGUUGCAGACAGACAAGGGCUGGAUCGGAGCCGGGAUCCCGGAGAAGGCUGCUACUUUGACGGUGACCGGAGCUGGCGGGCGGCAGGCACCCGAUGGCAUCCCGUGGUGCCCCCCUUUGGUCUCAUCAAGUGUGCCGUGUGUACUUGUAAGGGAGCCACGGGGGAGGUGCACUGCGAGAAGGUGCAGUGUCCCCGACUGACCUGCGCCCAGCCGAUCCGGGCCAACCCCACCGACUGCUGCAAACAGUGCCCAGGCUCUGGAGCUCGGGCCUGGCUGGGGGAUCCCAUGCAGGCGGACGGGCCGAGAGGCUGUCGCUUCGGGGGUCAGUGGUUCCCUGAGAGUCAGCGGUGGCAUCCGUCGGUGCCCCCCUUUGGGGAGAUGACCUGCAUUACGUGCAGGUGUGGGGCCGGGGUUCCUCACUGUGAGAGGGACGACUGCCCCCCCGCCUUGGCCUGUGGCUCCGGGAAGGAAAACCGCUGCUGUUCUCACUGCUCACCCCGAUCCUCUGAGACCAGGCUGGAGCCCGAGCUGGAGAAAGAAGCUGCCGACUCUUAGGCGACUGACGGAACCUGAACAAAGUGUGUGCGAGAAGGCCGGGGCCGAGGGGAGUGGGCGGCCGGACAGGUCAUCCAAGGGAGGACCGAUGCCAGCAUGGCCCCAUCUCUGCCCCCAGGCCCCGGCUCUAUCGGGGACCCGGGUUCCAAGCUGGCGCCAGUAUCCGGCCCCGACACUGCAUUGCCUGCUCCACCUCUCCCUGCCCCCACUUGUUUGCCCCUGCCCCGGCCUUCGGGCCCCUCGCCCCUCGCUGCCCAGCCCCUGUAUAUAGCGCCACCGGCUUUUUGGGAUGUUUAAUUUAUCCUCACUCAGCACCAAGGCUCCCCCGCCCCCAACCUCACCAUCCUCGCCCUGAGCUGAGCAGAGUCAUACUGGAAAUGUGUAUAUUUAUUAAAAAUGUUUUUCAGUUCA